GACUAACAACACGAAUACAUUGAUAAUCGAAUGUGUAAAACUGUGAAGUAAAUUGUUCAAUUCCUACCUACUUUACCUAGAUAUUCGGUAAAAUUAUUUAUUGUUAGUUAAUAAGUAAAGUACUUAAUUUUGAAAUCAAGUGAGUUAUUCGUUCUUUACUAACAUAAAUAUCGAUACCAUUUAUUUAUCAUUUGGGUCUUUUCAUUUCGUUUUUUAGAAGUUGAUUUUUUAAAAUCCAGUAAAUAUUAUUGAUAGGUUGUAGGUAUCUAUUGGUUUACUUUACUUUAGCUGGUUAACUAUGCAAAUCAAGGAUCCAGAACGUUUCAAAUCCUGGCUUACAACCAUCCUAGGACCAAUAUGUGAAGCUGAACCCGCAGCAUUGGCAAAAUAUAUAUUUGCAUUAUUGAAACGCGAUCGGCCAAUAAAUGAACUACAAAAGUUUCUCUUAUCGCAACUGGAAGAGUUUUUGAACAACGAGACAGAGACGUUCACUAUAUUGCUUGUAGAAACAUUGCGAAAUGAAUCAUAUUUAACUGAAGAUCUGGGUGAUAAUAAAACUGAAAUUGCAGUUACUUCAUCUGGAGAAAAAUCUGAUACUGGUGAGAAAUUUAUUGAUAAAUCAUUUAAAGAGGAAGAAAAGCCUAGGUCUAGGUCUCGUUCGCUUGUUCGUUCAAGAUCACCGAGAAUCAAAGAUGUCAAAUUUACUAGGUCAAAACGUUAUCGGCGUGAUGAUCACACUAGUGAUGAAGAUGAAGAUAGAGAGUCAUAUCGUAAAUAUCGUUACCACGGUCGAUCUUGGUCUCCAAGACGUUCAAAAUCACCAAAAUUCAAACGAAGGUUUAGGUCGCCAAAAAAUCUUUCCAGAUCUCAAUCAGGUUCACCUAUUAAAAAACCAAAAGAAGAUAUAUUUGCCGAAUUCAAAAAGUCUGAAUGCAUUGAAAAGAAAACAUUAGGAAGAUGUGUUGAUUUUGAUGAAAAAGGAUACUGUAUGAAAGGUGAUUUGUGUGUUUAUGAUCAUGGCAAAGAUCCUGUAGUCUUGGCUACAAGUGGUAAUGGUGUCUUAAGUUUUCAAAAUGCUGGAUCAUCUUUUACCAAUCCAUUGACCCCUUCAUUUCCAGUAGUUCCUAUUGUUCAAAAUGUACCAGUACCAGUACCCAUACAGCCUUAUCCACCUGCCCAGAAUCAACGAAUGUAUUAUCCAUCUACCGAAGGAUCAUAUUGGGUUCGAGGCAGUAAUGGAGAGCAAAAAUUUUCCAAACAAAAACGUGAGUUAGUUAAUGUACCUACUAGUGAAAGCCAGAAUCGUUUUAAGAGAAAAAACUUUAAAAAAGAGGAUAAUAAUAAUUCCAAUAACAAAAAACCAAAGUUUGACUAUAGACGAUUGGGUCCUAAAUUAUCCUCAAAUGAAGUACAAUUGAAAAAUGUUCCAGAAAAUUUAAAUAAUAUAAGUAGUUUGAAUAAUAGCUUUAUGAAAUUUGGAAAAAUCACUAACAUUCAAACGAGUAGUGAAAAUAAAGAAGCUACAAUUACAUUUUCGGCUUCUCAUGAAGCACAAAAAGCCUAUCAAAAUAUUGAAACUGUUUUUGGUACAUUACCAAUUUCUGCAAAUUGGUUUACUGAUAACUCAGCAGAAGUAAAACCUGUAGAAGAGAAAAAUACUACCCCACUACAAAAACCUAAAAUGCUAUCUAUAGAUAAUAGAACUACUGAAUCGACACGAUUGACAAAUGAGAAAGAAGCUGAAGUUAUUAAAUCGUCACUAAUAAAAAAACAAGAAGAAGCCAAAAAACUAGCUCAAGACUUUUCUGCUGCUAUUACUAAACGGAAACAAGAAUUAUUAGACAAACAAUUAAAACAAUUAAAUACAUUAUUAGAAACCGCACCAAGUGUUAAAGGCCAACAAAAAGAAAUGUUGAUGGCUACAAUCAUACAACUUAAAACCAAUAUUGAAAAUAUUCAAGCAGACCUGGCAUCGACAGUGAAAAAGCCUAUUACAUCUCGGAGUCCUGUUAAAGUUGUAAAACCUGUACCUCCUAAAACGCCUACUAAAGAAGAUAAAUUAUUAGAAUCCAAACAAGAAGCAUUAAAAAAUUUGUUAUUAACUGAUUUAGAUUUAUUUAUUAAACAACAGCAAGGUUACAGUGAUGAAAAAGAAAUAUUAGAUUUAAAGAAAAAUGUUUUGGCUUUAAGAAAUAAAUUGAAAUCCCUCGGAAUUACACCAGCAGCUGGAACAGCAAAAACUGCGUACCAAAUGAAAGAAAAAUUAACCAUUGCUAACAAAUUGCUGGAAGCAAAAAAUAAAGUGCGUGAAACAAAGUCUACCAGUAUAUCGGUUGACCAUAGACCGACUCAAUUAUUAGUUUCUGGAUAUGAAGCAGAUGAUGAAGACCAAGUCAUAACUCACUUUUUACAAUUUGGUAACAUUAUUGAGUAUAUAUCAGAUAUGAUAAUUCCAGCGCUAGUAAUAAAAUAUGAAAUGAGGAAGGAUGCUGAAACUGCACAGAUCAAAGGUAAGGUAUUCCAGGAUAGAAGGUUAUCAGUAACAUGGUACAAUUCAGAACAUGACUAUGUUGAUACAUCCAAUGUUAAAGCCGGACCAUGCAUGGGUGUCCGAGUAUUAGAAGACCAAGAUGAAGAUUCUUCAAACUUAAAUGAUGAUGACAAAGAAUAAAAAUGAAUUGUUAAUAGUAUUUUUGCUGCCCUGUCAAAAAUGUAUUUAAGUCUGAUCCUUAAUUUUGUAAAUAAUAAAUACAUUAAUCAUACUAAAAAUCAUUAUUUUGUUAUGUAUUUUAAUAUAUGUAUUUAAUAUUUUAGAUAUAUUAUGCCUUGGUCAUAAAUUGACUUAUUGAUAAAUACUAAUUAAGAUGUUUUGACUUGGCAAUAAAAUAGUGCAUUUCAUUUUUAUAAUAUUUGUACACUUCGUAGAAAAAUAAAAACAUGUAUUUUCACGCAUAAAAUAUUUUGUAUUAUAAUAAUUAAACAUAAGUUUAUAGAACGGUGAUAAAUUACAAACAUAAUUUCAACACGGAAUAUUAUUUUUUUCUAUUUAGUUAAUAUACGUUUUAAUUAAUACUUAUUAAAGUAAUAUUAAUUUUCAAUUGCAUAUGAACAUUUUUAAAAUUAUUGUACUAUUGUGUUCUAGUAUUUAGAGAAUACUAACAAAUAUGUUUACACUUUUUAAAUAUGAGACUGAAUUUUGUUUCUUGGCAUUUUACUUUUUAAACCAUUUUUAAUUGUUGAAUAUUCUAAUUUUUCUCGUGUUGAAGAAAUAAAUGUAUUUAAAUAAUAUUAUUGUUCAUUUUUUUUUAACAUUGGUAAUAUCAUCUAUACCAUCAAUUAUUGUGGUAGAUAAUUAUAAUUA